AUGUGCAAGGUAGGGGGCGGAGGUACUCCGAUCCAGGCCAGCCCAGGAGACGUGAUGAAGUUGAUACAGGGAAAGAUCCGCUUGCUGGCAGCAUUCUUACUGUUGGUGGCUACCCCCACCGCCAGCCGCAGCAGGAGCAACGCGGGCAGCGCCAGCGACACCCCCAUAUGCCGCCCCAUCAAUGCCACCAUCGCGGCAGAGAAAGAAGACUGCCUCGUCUGCAUGCCCAUCACCACCACCAUCUGCAGCGGCUACUGUGAGACCAGGGAGAUGUCGCUGAAGGACGAGCGAAUAGUCUUCAACCAGAGAGUCUGCACCUACAGGGAGGUCCGCUAUGAGACCAUGCUGCUGCGCGGAUGCCCAGCAGGUGUCGACCCGAUCUUCACAUACCCUGUGGCUGUCAGCUGCCACUGCGACCUCUGCAAAGUGGCCUCCAGCGAUUGCACUGUUCAGGGCACUGGGCCCAACUCCUGUAGCAACUCAAACCCCUUUGUCUAA